AUGUCGUCCUCGAUCGCGAUCCCGAAGCGAAAGCAAGCAGCCGUUGUGGCUCAGGCCUCUUCAUCACCGAGUUCCUAUGGCAGUUCGAUGGGCUCGCCCCUGAGUAAGGGCAAGCAGAGAGCGUCAGAUUGUAUGCCGUCGAGCUGUAGCCCGACAUCGAGGGAGUGGGUGUCGCCGAGGAGGCCGAGCUUGCUGGGCAACUCUCUCUCAAAGUCCGAACACACCGUCAUCAACCUUGCCCACUCUGAAGCCCCGCCUAGACUCGUUACGUGCGUCAAGUCUUCACAGGGUUUCAACUGGAAUCAGGAGCUCUUCCUCCCAUCUUACGCCGACUACGAUUCGCACGACCUCGAGCACCGACCCGACCCAGUGGAAGACAUCAUUUUGACCGACGAGGAGGCGGCUGCUAUGCUACCACAAUAG